CUCGCCGUUAUGGCCGCGGUGACGAGGGGCACGGCCACGCGCCGCAGCCGGCUGAAGCGCUCGGACGGCAGCACCACCUCCACCAGCUUCAUCCUGCGGCAGGGCUCAGCAGAUUCGUACACAAGCAGACCCUCAGACUCUGAUGUGUCUUUGGAAGAAGAUAGGGAAGCAAUCCGCCAGGAGAGAGAGCAGCAAGCAGCGAUACAGCUUGAAAGGGCAAAGUCCAAACCAGUAGCAUUUGCUGUUAAGACCAAUGUGAGUUACUGUGGAGCACUGGAUGAAGAUGUCCCUGUCCCAAGCACUGCCAUCUCUUUUGAUGCGAAGGACUUCCUACACAUUAAAGAGAAAUACAAUAAUGACUGGUGGAUAGGGAGGCUGGUGAAGGAGGGCUGUGAAAUUGGUUUCAUUCCAAGCCCGCUUAGACUGGAGAAUAUCCGCAUCCAGCAGGAGCAGAAGAGAGGACGUUUCCAUGGAGGGAAAUCAAGUGGAAAUUCUUCUUCAAGUCUUGGAGAAAUGGUUUCUGGCACGUUUCGAGCCACACCUACUUCCACAGCAAAACAGAAACAAAAAGUGACAGAACACGUUCCCCCAUACGAUGUGGUGCCAUCUAUGAGGCCCGUUGUCUUAGUGGGGCCAUCGCUGAAAGGCUAUGAGGUGACAGACAUGAUGCAGAAAGCUCUAUUUGACUUCCUGAAGCACAGGUUUGAUGGGAGGAUAUCAAUAACCCGAGUGACAGCUGACAUUUCUCUUGCUAAGAGGUCUGUUCUGAAUAACCCAAGCAAGAGGGCAAUAAUUGAGCGGUCAAACACACGAUCCAGUUUAGCUGAAGUGCAGAGUGAGAUUGAAAGAAUCUUUGAGCUGGCCCGGUCCUUGCAGCUGGUUGUCCUGGAUGCAGACACUAUCAAUCACCCCGCACAACUUAUCAAGACAUCUCUAGCACCAAUUAUUGUCCAUGUUAAAGUGUCUUCUCCAAAGGUUUUGCAGCGACUGAUUAAAUCUAGAGGAAAGUCACAAAGUAAACACUUGAAUGUUCAGUUGGUGGCAGCUGAUAAACUUGCACAAUGCCCACCAGAAAUGUUUGAUGUAAUUUUGGAUGAAAACCAGCUCGAAGAUGCUUGCGAACACUUGGCAGAAUACCUGGAGGCAUACUGGCGUGCUACACACACCACCAGUAGCACACCCAUGACUCCUCUUCUUGGGCGAAACCUGGGAUCCACUGCACUGUCCCCAUACCCUGCUGCGAUCUCUGGACUGCAGAGCCAGCGUAUGAGGCACAGCAGCCAUUCAGCAGAGAACUCUCCAAUUGAGCGACGAAGUCUCAUGACCUCAGAUGAAAAUUAUCACAACGAAAGGGCUCGGAAGAGCAGGAACCGCUUGUCUUCCAGUUCCCAACACAGCCGAGAUCACUACCCUCUAGUGGAAGAAGAGUACUCUGACUCAUACCAGGACACUUACAAACCCCAUAGGAACCGAGGAUCCCCUGGAGGAUAUAGCCAUGAUUCACGACACAGGCUUUGAGUUCAAGAACCUGGGGAAAAAUAGUAUUCAUCAGUUGAUAACUUGCCAUAACGUAGCUAGGAAAAGCAAUUCACCUUAAUUUGGCAGAUGUAAUGCGGUUAUACUGAGGUUACACUCUGCUGUCAUUUGAUGUUCAGUAGGGGACAAAAGAGUUAUCAUGCCCUUACGUUUAUGCCCUGUCAUAUAGAUUGCAUUUUGUUGUUGUUGUUUUUUUUUUAGUACAGCAUUUACAUUUAUAGCCAUACCUUUUCUCAUCGUUAGAUAUUAGGCACAUCAGUUUGUAACUUAGGGUUAUUAUCGAGGCACUUAUAAAGUAAUUUCCUGUGCUGGAAAUUCCAAAUGACCAGUUCCAGUUGGAACCAAUUUAUAAACCAAUUCCUGUUGGAAUUUGGGUGAAUUGACUGGAAAGUCAACCUGAGCAUGUUGCAAUCAAGUGAAAAAGAUAAAAAUGAAGAAUCUGAAAAUUAGAAACCAGUAGAAGCCGGAAAGUCAGCUACAGUAUUUGUUUGCCGGAAGCUCAGUUUACAUUUACAGUUAGAAUAAAAGCAUUUUAUCCUAACUACUUCCUUCCAGAAUGGCUUUUUCAGACAAACCAAAUGUAAACUGUUGAGAGUGCCAAAAUCACAAAUUAUUGCAGCAGUUACAAAAUACUUUCCAGUUUGAAAUUAUUUUUAGAGCUGGCAUAAGUGUUGCAGCAAAAUGAUUUCUUUAGUUUAGCCAGUACUGACUUUUGUGUUGGGGUCAGCAGUGAUGAGCUAUGACACGACAAGGGGAAACAGGAACAGGAAAAUGAACAAACUUUAGGACAGUUUGUGUGGUCAGAGGUUGGGAAUAGUCUUUUUUUUCCCUCUCUCUCUUGUUUACCUGAAUACAGCUAGUAGUCCCAAAAUCAUAGAAUCACAGAAUCACAGAAUGGCCUGGGUUGCAAAGGAGCACAGUGCUCAUCCAGUUCCAACC